AUGGGCUCCACGGAGACGGGUAUCCUCCUGUCCCCGUCAAGCUACUUUUCAAGGACGAAGGCGUUGGUGGGUGCCUUGACAGCCGUGUCGGGGGGCCAGGACCUUUUUUUGCAGGUCCUAAAUUCGGGACCCUUGCCGGUCGUAGUCCCGGCCGGCGCCGUCCUGGCACACGCGACCCUGGCUCCUCCACCCGAGAGCGCUGCCCCGGAUGGAGGGGUCGUGGCGGGCGUGAUGCGCACGGGGGACCCCGACGCAUCAUGGAUCGCCACGUUGUGCGACGAGAAUGCCUCGUUGUCCUCCGGGGAACGUCGGCAACUCCGCGACCUCAUUGAGCGGUUCACCGAUGUGUUCAGCCAAAGCGGCGGGUGUGCUUGCGCCCUGGGCUCUAGCCAUUGCAAGGCCCCAGGGGACGCCACGGCCCAGUUGGUCGCGUCGGCCGAGGCGGCCACCCCUCCAGGUGCGGCGGCGCCCGCGGAUUUCGGCCUUGGACUUUCCCGGGAGAUGGACGUUGGCUCCUCCAAGAAGGGGUCGGCGGUGCCGACCCCUUUGAAGGUCGCGCUUGACCGGCUGCGCGAGGCGCGACAGGCCGCUGCCGAGAAUUCCGCAAGCCAGCAGGCGGCUAUUGAGCGGCUGCCCAAACACCAGGCAGCUGGCCUCCCGUGGCCGGCGGCGUCUCUGAGUGGCGCUGUCGAGAGACUUGAGGCCGUGAGGCUGAUGGAGCGUCACCUGCUGAUGACGAUGACGACGAUGACGCUGCUGCUGCUGAUAGCAGAGCUACAGACUCAGAGAGAGCGUGGGGAGAGACGCGCGGAGGUGGAGGAGGUGGAGAAGGUGGUGGAGGUGGUGGUGAGGUUCCGGCAGGCAGGGCGUGGUGGUGCGCGUCAGCGCCGCUGGAGACGGACGUGGGUCAACCCCCCCGUGUCCGUGCCCGAGAACCAGCGUGGCCCCUUCCCCAAGCUGCUGCUGCAGGUGAAGUCCAACGCUGUGGGCGUGGACGUGCGCUACGCCUUGGCGGGGGAGGGCGCUGACCGACAACCCACGGGGCUGUUCGUCGUCGACGCCGCCACGGGGAGAGUGUCAGUCACCGCGAGCCUGGACCGCGAGGUGAUCGCUCAGUAUCGCCUGCGCUGCUUCGCCGUCGACCCGACUGGAGGUUUUGUGGAGGAUCCCGUUGACAUCGUCAUUGACGUCAUCGACGUCAACGACAACCGCCCCAAGUUCACCAGAGACGUCUUCCACGGCAGCCUCACGGAAGGAUCGCCACGAGGCACCUUCGUGAUGAGGGUGGAGGCGAGUGACCUGGACGACCCCUUGACGCCCCACGGAGCUCUCCGCUACGACAUCGUGGGGCAGUCCCCCCCCAUGGGGACCGCACAGCACAGCCUGUUCCACAUCGACCGUCGCACGGGCAUCAUCACCACCCGCACUGUGGUCGGGCUGGACCGAGAGAGAGUGGCGCGCUUCUCGCUGGUGGUGAUGGCUUCGGACAUGGAGGGAGACGCCAGAAUCAGUCUCUCAACCACGGCCACCGCCAUCAUCACCAUCACCGACAUCAAUGACCACGCCCCCGAGUUCACGAGCAGAACCUGGACGGGCACGGUGCGUGAGAACGCCGUGGGGGUGCCGGUGACGAUGGCGCUUCUCUCGGUGAUCGACGCGGACGAGGUCGGCACGGCGGCGUGGCGAGUCCGCUACUCACUCCGCGGGGGGGGGGCGGGGGGGGCGGCGUGGGGGGCGGGAGACCCCCAGGACCUGUUCGCCGUGGAGACCGACCCCGCUACCAACGAUGGCAGGAUCGUCGUUGUCAAGUGUGUGUACGCCGCAGCCUUAGACUUUGAGAUGGCGUCGUCGUACAAACUCAUCGUCGUCGUGGACAACGAGGAGCCGCUCGUGAAAUCCGCGUGGCCUCCCCAGAGUACCGCCACCGUCACGGUGAGUGUUGAGGAUGAGAACGAGGCUCCGCUGUUUGAGCCGCGGCUGCAGCAGGUGCGGCUGUCCGAGGGCGUCGCUCUGGGCAGCGUCGUCACCACGCUGGUGGCACGGGACCCGGACUCCGCACAGAAGCAGAGCCUGCG